UAGUCGGCUACGAAUGUUAUGCGUGCCCGUACGUCUUUCUUUUCUGGCAACAUUAACUUAAACGUAUUACGUUAAGGGUCUUGAUUCUGUUAUUUGGCGGAUAAUAAAAAUGCGUGUUUCUCUUUUAAUCUUUCUCACCGCGAUCGUGAUAGCAACAGCUGAGAAUGAUGAUGAAUCCUGGACUUGGAACGAUAAUAAACAAAAGACGAGCCGAGAUAACAUCAAUGCCAGGUAUCAGGUACACGAGCCUUCCGAACAUUUCGAUAAUGGCAUUCAAUUAGGAUUUAGACCUCAGAAUCCAGGCCCUUAUGGUCCCAAUGGCAGACCAAUUGUACCAGCAUAUCAAGGCAAUAAUGGCGUUCUCGUGGGUCCCGGUGGACCAACGGGAAUAAUCGGCAGACCUCCUCGUUUUGAACCGAAUGGACACGAUGGUAUUUUGGAUUCAAUACCGCCAUGGGUCAGAGACGAUCCCCGUUAUCGUGAGUUUGACACUUGCAAAUGCAGAUACAGUUUCAACUGUCCAUCGCCCGGCUUGAAAUUCGGCCACUGUUCAAGAGAGAAGAAGUACUGUUGUUUCAAUAGCAAAAGAUUCCCAGGAUUGUCUGGAGGACAUUAUUAUCCUGGUGCACCGCACAGACCGAAUGGUUUCGCGCCGACAUCGAAUUAUUACGGCAAUCGAAGACCAUAUAGCGGCGGCUACCAACAUCCGUCUUUCGGUGACUAUUACUCAAGGCCCUACAGCGGCGGUUAUGAUCACCGUAAUGAGUUCGAGUCGUUACGGCCAUAUGGCUACGAUCCGGAAUCUGACGAUUAUGUCAUCUACGGGAGAUCAUUGGGCAAGAAUCAAACACAGACGAAUGAGAAACCAAAGACGCACGAAAAUACUAGAAAGUAAUGAGUAAAUUCUUAUCGAUCAACACAUCUUUUAUCAAUAUUUCUUUAUUCUCAAUCUCAGUGGUGAUGCCAAAGAUGUGACAGAGAUACGGAAAGUAAAUAUAUUGUACGUUUUUCAAUAUACAUUUCUCAUUGUAGCAAUUGUACGAUGCACAAUUAAAUGAGAUUCAAAUUUAAUACAA